AUGUCAACGAUUCGAUUUUGCCUUGGCGGUGACAAAGAGCGACUCUCGUUUCACAAUUUUCUCCAUUUCCCGUCAGUGUAUGACGAUGAUGUAGCCAGUCUAGACCCUCUUCGCAUUGCUGCUUGUGUGGAGCGUUGCUGUACCACCUUCAAUUACCGAGUCGCACCAAAAUGGCAUGAUUGGUUGCUGAACGGGAAUGCUCUCCAUCUUGUUCAUUCCCCUCAGCAGUCUCGAUUCCGUCAGAGGCGUUUUUCCACCCUCCAUACCUACGUAGUGUGUAUCCCAUUCCCAUCCUCAUCUCCUUUCUCCUUGGAUAACCGGGAAAAGUAUCUACCACACCAGUAG